GGAUCUGUCGUCGAUCGAGAAGCCAACGAGAAGGAAAAGAGCAAGCCCCUGCCUACCCUAAAGGACAACGACUUCAUGCACGACAUAUGCAAGCUUCACCUCGAGGAGCCCGCGAAACAGCGGCUAAUGGAACACCUCGAACGCGACAUUGCAUUUUUGCAGGAGAAUAACCUAAUGGACUACAGCGCCUUGAUAGGCAUCCACGACGUGGAGUUAGCUUCCAACGAAUUCGACGACCCUUCUGCUUCCAUGCCGGCAGUGGACAUCGGUGGAGCCAGGCACAGGGGCUCGGCCGGGGAGAUCUUGGCUUCGGCCGGUGACGGGCUCGGCGAGCUGUUCGAGGAGCGCCUUUUCGGCGGCACCCAUCGCGCCCACUCAAGCCACAAUCCCAGGGAGAACAUCGGGGUUGGCUCGUACUCCUCUGUCGGCGGUGGGAUGCCGCAUGAUUUGUGCGAAGCCCUGUCGGAUCUUAGUCCACCUAAUUCUGACGAUUUCGACACUUUACUGGCCAGUGGCGCGCCUGAUGACAACAGUAACCUCACGCCACCGGAAAGCCCCUCCGAUGUCUCCCUUCGCUUCCAGUCGUUUACUGGCGAACUCAGUCCGAACACGGAAUUCUAUGGGUUCAGGGGCUCGCCGUCUCUCGGUCGACCCGUCAUCUACUUCAUCGCCAUCGUCGACAUUCUCACUCGCUACGGCAUGCGAAAGCGCACUGCGCAGACCUACAAGACCGUCAAGCACGGGGGCGCCAACGCCGACCAGAUAACCACCGUCCGACCCGACGUUUAUGCUCGUCGUCUGCUGGACUUCCUUGGACACUGCGUCGAGUGA